CAUAAUACUCUCGCACCGGCCCGAGGGCCACCAAAGCCCAUCAUGGAGUCUUCAGACGCGCCUACAUUGCUUCAGCAGGCGGAGAAGAUCCUGCUUCACCCAAUCCACCCCCACCUCAUCGCGUAUUGCCCAACUAUGGACUUGGUCGCUGUUGUUACCACGGAAGAGAACCUGGAUGUGUACCGUAUCAAUGGACAGCGGGCUUUUGGCCUGAAAAGAAAGAGUGAGGGUCUGGUCGUGGAUACAAUCAAAUGGGAGUUCAAUGGCAAAAGCAUCGCGGUCAGCUGGAGCGACGGCAAGACCGACCUAGUCAGCAGCGAGACGGGAAAGGUUGGCUUGAAGGAUCUUGGUCUACCUGAAAGCGCUUCAGAAAAUGGUAAUGGGGGUGGGGGAAGGGUGAAGUGCAUUGGCUGGGGAUUAAAUUUCAUCGACGUCGACACUGUCAAAGCCAGGACGAAGAAGGUGGUGCGAGGUUUUGAUCUCUCGACAGACACCUGGGACGAUGCAAAAGACGGUACAGAUGUUGAAGAUUUUCUCCAGAGACAACCUGAUUUGCAGGCUUUGGACUGCGCACCCGAUCUGCCGGACCAACUGGCUGUCGUGGACGUUGAGACGCUGUUGCCAAAAUUGCCCGCAAUCCCUUUGCCACCUAUGUUGCCAUUCAUGAGGCUUUCUCAGACAGAUUCCGGCGCCUUUGGAUCGCAGGCCGAAGUUGAUGCGCUUUUGCACUCACAUCAUCUAAAGGACUACAACUCGGUGGAUAUGUUCAUACGUUGCUCUGAGCGCGGAACGAUCCAUCCCUCCAUCUACGAUUCGGUAGAGACGGUCACUGUGAGCCUACCUUCACAUUGGGACAUACAUAGCGCGCCCUUGAUUCACGCAAGUCAUCCAUACGCCUGCAGCCAUGGGCUUCUUAUGCGAACUACUACACCAAGCUCGCAAACAAAGAACAUUAGCUUUGUUCCACUUACACUCAACUUCAUUCCCAGCGCAGGAAUUUACCUCCACCUCAUCGCAUCAAAGACCUCACAACUUCAGAACCUUCUUCUUUACAUUACGCAAUGUCUGCAACGUAUCCGUACAUUUUACAAGCAUGCCACAGACCUUCCUGCAAAGUUCAUGAUGAACAUAUCAGAAACACUCGAAGAGAAGAGUCAAGGCGAUUUGACCACAAGUCUCUUUCAUCUAGCUUGCACGGGCGCGUGCCCACCCCUUAUUCGAGAGUGGCUCGUUGACGAGCUGUCUGAACAGGGACACAAGCGAUGGGACAACACCGUCACCUCAUCGUUGGCAACACUACAAGCGCUUGUGCACGAAAAUCUCAUUCCAGCGCUUGAUCGCGCAGCAAUCGUCAUCUCUCGCCUCCGCGGUCUGGCGAUGUAUCAUGACACGGACUGGAUCUUCAGCAACCCAGCAACUGAGUUUACGUCCCUUUUGGAGACUUUGAAAAACAUGCGGCUGCUGGCCCAUACUGUGUUGGUUUAUGUCGCAGACGAGAAGAGACAAUUCGCUGCCUUCAGCAGAUGGAUGCGCUUUGUCAUAGACUUCGAAACCACGGAGCCUGAUAGCGAAAGCCGAGCCGAGAUGGAAAGCCGAGACUCAGGUGUAGAUAUUAACCUGGUGUUGGAAUACGUCAGGCAUGGACUGCAGCAGAGCAGCCUGCACCCGUAUCUGAUGCCAGACGUCAUGUUAGAAGCAGGGGACAAAGCGAGAGAGCGAGCGAGCUACGAGGACACGAAAAAAGCCAUCAGUGUCUUUGAGGAUGGGGCGAGAUGGAGACCUGAGGCACUGUGCUUGGAGAAUGUAUUGGGUCACAUGGCGAGAGGUACGACAGGACUAUUGAGGCAGGUCAGCAAAUGGCAAGAAAGUGGUAUCCAAAUGGAUAGCGGUAUUAUCCUGGAAACUCUGCAAGAUGCGGAGGGAGAUGUUAUCGCAGACAUGAGGAUGGUUCACGAGCAAGUCACACCAUCACAAGCACAGGGCUCGACGGGGAUUUCGACCUACAUCGCCAUCGCCUCUACCUCCUCGCCAGUGACACUCGACAUCCACCGCCUCACUCAUUCAUCCAGCAUAACAACUCUGCCGAGGGACCUACACAGCCACAGUAUCGCCAACCUGUCCUUCCCACCCGGAACUUCGAUCCUAGACGCCAAGUUUGCCGACGACGCCGCUCUGCUCGUGCUCAUGAACUGCACAUCGCCCAAGCGGUCCAACGACACUGACGACAUCCUGGGCCACAGGAUUCUGCGCAUCCCCUACAACACAACUCCGCAGAACAAAUCCCCAGCGCUGACAUAUCAUACGCUCUCAGCAGCCGAGAACACACAACAUCUCCUACCGAAGGGUAGUGCGCCCGCAGCAUCCGGUCGCGUUCUCACGAAGCUCACACCUGCGGUCGUGCAGCAAUACACGAUCCAUGUCUUUGAGCGCGGAGGACGGUUCACGCCGGACAGACUUGUUGUGAAUGGACGGAAAGGAAGGAGAGUUGUGGUUGUACUGGCUAAGGACGGGAAGCACUAUCGAGUGCUUGAUAUGGACUACCCUAGUCAGUGGGAAGAGGAAGGUGAUGAUACAGAAGUGGGAAUCGGUGAGGACGGGGAUACGGUAAUGAGCGGACUCUAGGGAAUCAUGCAUCGUCAAGCCGGAUAGGCUU